AGGUUCACCGUUUGGCUUAAUUAGGACAUCCCGGAAGAGUCCCGGUGCUGUGCGCAGCUGAGUGACGGGGCAGGGAAGCAGGAGGGGACCGCGCGGCGACAGCACACAGCCACGAAUCCGUCCCGGGAUAUUGACAGACACAACAAAACAUCCCGACAGAAAUUGACUGCGGACAACAGGAGGGAGGCUCGUCACCAUGGAAGGUUUCAUGCAGCGACUGGAGCGGGCUGUGACUCGUCUGGAGCAGAUGUCUGUCACCAUGCAGGCAUCAAGUGGCAUGGCUAAUGGGGGCUGUCUCAACGGCAUGGAUGGAGGUCUGUCUCAGUGCGUGGAGGCCUUCGACGCGCUACUGAGAGGUCCAGUGUCGGACUACCUGAACAACAGCAGAGCCAUAGGGAGCGAUGUGGAGAAACAUGCGGAGAUGGUGAACAAUGCCCUGCAGACUCAGAGAGCUUUCCUCAAAAUGGCUGCCACACACCAGGAACCUGCACAGACGGAGCUUCAGGACCUGCUGAAGCCGAUUUCGGAUCACAUCCACGAGAUUCAGCACUUCAGGGAACGAAACCGUGGCAGCAACCUCUUCAACCACCUGUCAGCUGUCAGCGAGAGCAUCCCCGCGCUAGGCUGGGUCGCUGUGAGUCAGAAGCCGGGUCCCUAUGUGAAGGAGAUGAACGAUGCCGCCACCUUCUACACCAACAGAGUGCUGAAGGAUUACAAGGAAACCGACAGGCGCCAUGUGGACUGGGUGCGCUCCUACCUGUCGAUCUGGAGCGACAUGCAGUCCUUUAUCAAACAGCACCACACCACCGGACUGGUGUGGCGCAAGAGCGGCCCCAUUGCUCCUCCUUCUCUGUUUGAGCACUGCACCGCCCCCAGUGCUCCCUGUCUUCCACCUCUUCCUCCUCCACCUGGCCCACCUCCGGUCCUCAAGGAUGAUGACUCCCAUCCUCAGGCGGGGGGCAGAGCAGCGGCACAGCACUCAGCACUAUUCGCUCAGCUCAACCAGGGCAUGGACAUCACCAAAGGUUUGAAGCAUGUAUCAGAUAAACAGAAGACCCAUAAGAACCCAAAUCUGCGCUCUCAAGCAGCAGAGACAAAAACCAAAACCAAGUCCUCAGGGACUGCGAACUCACCGAGAGCAGCCACCCAGAAAAAACCCCCUCUGCUGGAGCUGGAGGGGAAGAAAUGGAGGGUGGAAAACUAUGAUCAGAAACACGACCUGUUGAUUGAGGAGACGGAGCUAAAACAGGUGGUCUACGUUUUCAAUUGUAACAACUCCACCUUGAAGGUUAAGGGCAAAAUUAACUCAAUCAUUGUAGACAACUGUAAGAAGCUGGGUCUGGUUUUUGAGAACGUGGUCGGGAUUGUGGAGAUCAUCAACUCCAAGGCAAUUCAGUUACAGGUGUUGGGAAGAGUUCCCACUAUGUCCAUCAACAAGACAGAGGGCUGCCAGGUCUACCUGAGUAAGGACUCCCUGAACUGUGACAUUGUCAGUGCCAAGAGUUCUGAGAUGAACAUCAUGGUACCCCAAGGAGAUGAUGAUUAUAGGGAGUUUCCAGUCCCGGAGCAGUUCAAGACUGUUUGGGACGGUUCCAAACUGGUGACAGAACCCACUGAGAUUGCAGGUUGAUUUGAUGAUUCAUCAUCUUCCUCUUUCCAUCCCCCUGAGUUUAUAGAAUUUCAGAGAUAUAAAAGGGAUUUUCUUUGCAGGCACUGUAACACACACUAUUGAUCCAGUCACUAUGGCUGUUACUUCAUGAAAUGCUUCUAUGGCACUUUGAUUGUAAUGAAGUGUUCAAUAAGAUUUUUCCUUUCUACAACACAAAUCCCCACAGAAUAUGGAAUAUCUCAAGUUUAAAUCACACAAACCCAGUAUUUUUAACCUCUCUUAGAUUUCUGUGCCAUAGCAAUAAAGGCAUUUAUGUAAGACUAUGUAACUGUUGAAAUAGAGAUCCUUAUACAAUCUUCUCAUCAAAAUCUUAUUAUCCUGUAAAUAUUUUCUCUAAAUGUUUCUGGAUUACCAUCAUUAUUGCCGUACUUUAUCCACAUUCAUUGCUGUUUCAUUGUAUGAGAGCUAAAGCACACAUUAGACCACAGCAGCAAUGGCAUUUAACAGAAAAAACUAAAGAGGACGUAACAUGCACAUUCAACUUUCAGUGGCCAAGCAGACAAGAAGAACUCAAGAGUCAACUGUAGGUCUAUUUGCUACUUUUCUAUCAAAUUAAGUGCACUUCAGUUACCUCCUUAAAUGUGUAUAUUGCAUGGUAGUCUUGUAGUACUGUUUCACUUAGUGAGUGAAGUUUAUGCAACAGUGUUCAAUAUAUUUUCCAUUAAUACCAGAUGCUGUCUUUCUUGUUAGUGCAUAAUACAUACAGUAAUGAUUGAUGUUCUGCAGGAGACAUGAAAUCAACUGAUCGAAAUAGUUAAUCAAGUACUUGGCUACUAAUUUCUCUUAUGAUUUAAAAUACUGACAGUAGUGGUAACGUUUACACUUGAGCACUUCCUAGUCUCUUUAUUUCUUUGUACAUCACUCUAUUUUGUACUAAGAUGGCACCAGCAUAGGGGAGAAAAUAGUGUACACCACCAAUGCUUUUCAAAACGUUUAAUUUACAUGAAAACAAUUUGUUGUCAUUGUGUAUCAUUUUUCAAAUAAAAUCAAAACUUUCA